GACGUAGAAAGUGUGCGCGUGUAACCUUGCGGUACAGCAGCGCUGGUCAGGAGUGGUGUUGUGAAAGCAGCUGUAGAAAGAUAACAGUGAAACAACUGGAUGGUUUAUUUGAACUCAACAUCCCCGUGGAGCCAUGAGCAGAUACGUUCUACCUGUGUCUGUGUUCGGGACUGUGGUUGGCGCCGCGGUUUUACUCAAGAGUCAUGUGACCGGAGGCCGGUGCCCGAGUAACGCCACCAUCGCUGGAAAGACUGUGGUGAUAACAGGAGCCAACAAAGGCAUCGGGAAGGAGACAGCCCAAGAGCUGGCCAAGAGAGGAGGCCGGGUCAUUAUGGGAUGUCGGGACAUGGAGAAGUGCGAGGCGGCCGCGAAGGAAAUCCGAGGCAAGACCCUGAAUCCUCACGUGUACGCCUGUCGCCUCGACCUGGCCUCCAUGAAAUCCAUCCAGGAGUUUGCGGAGAAAAUCAAACGAGAGGAGCAGAGAGUGGACGUGCUGAUAAACAACGCCGGGGUCAUGAGGUGUCCAGCAUGGAAGACAGAAGACGGAUUCGACAUGCAGUUUGGAGUUAACCACUUGGGCCACUUCUUGUUGACAAACCUUCUGCUGGAGAAGCUGAAGGAGUCCGCCCCCAGCAGAGUGAUCAACCUGGCCUCGCUCGCCCACAUCGUCGGAAAGAUGGACUUCGAGGACCUGAACUGGGAGAAGAAGAAGUUUGAUACCAAGCAGGCGUACUGUCAGAGCAAGCUUGCCAAUGUUCUGUUCACCAGAGAGCUUGCCAAGCGAUUACAAGGCACAGGAGUCACAGUGAAUGCUGUACACCCAGGCGUUGUUGCCACUGAGCUUGGGAGGCACACCGGCCUGCACCAAUCGCAGUUCUCCAGCUCCGUGCUCAGUCCCUUUUUCUCCUUGUUAGUGAAGAGCCCAGAACUUGGGGCCCAGCCCAGUGUCUACCUGGCCGUGUCCGAGGAGAUGGAGGGUGUGACGGGACGCUACUAUGAUGUGAUGACAGAAAAGGAACCAGCGCCGCAGGCCCUGGACGAGGAGGCAGCUCACAGGCUGUGGGAGGUCAGCAGCAGGCUGGUGGGUCUGGAGGAAACAGGACAGAGUGGCAAGUCCAACCCUCCAGCAGGAGGAGAGCAUGAAGCUGCACAGACAGACCCAGCACAGACACAUGGACAGAGCCCAGGACCAGCUGUCAGCGCUGUGGGGCUGUAGGUGUCCUCUGCCCGCUGGGCCAGCUGGAGAUACUGAACCUCUGUGACUGGAGCUGUGACUGGAGCUGCCCCCUGCUCUGUCUGUUCACUUUCUGAAUGUGUGAUUCUCUGUAUAAUGGCAGUCUUUUGCACAGGCCUUUAUGUUCCUGCAUCCGGAAAUUUUUCUGUGAAACAUGAAAGAUGCUGCUUUUGGGAA